AUGCCUGCUGUCAUGUCCCGCUUUGGCGGUGUUGCCUGCAGGAUGGCGCGGCGCACGCUCAGCCCGGCGCUGAAACCGGCGCAGUUUGUCCGCUGCUUCUCGACCGACCCGGUGAUCGCGCGGGCCCGCGAGCUGCAGAAGCUGACCUAUGACGAGAAGAAGGAGGGCGAGAUCCGGGCCCCGAACUACGUGGGCUGGGACGAGGAGAUCGACACGGACUUCAAGAAGCUCACCACUGGCCCGGCCAAGGGCGGCCGCCCCUACAGCAAGAUCUGCGACAGCGCGCUGGAUUUGAUCGGCUUUACCCCCAUGGUGCGCAUGUCGCGGCUCUCCAAGUUCCUGGACGUGGACGCCGACUGGCUGGGCAAGGUGGAGCUCUUCAACGCUGGGGGCUCCGUGAAGGACCGCAUCGCCAAGCGCAUGGUCGAGGAGGCCGAGAAGAGCGGCCGCAUUAAGCCCGGGGACAUCUUGAUUGAGGCCACCAGCGGGAACACCGGGGUGGGCCUGUGCUUGGUCUCCGCCAUCAAAGGCUACAAGCAGAUCAUCUGCCUGCCCCAGAAGAUGUCCGGUGAGAAGGUGAACACCAUGAAGUGCCUGGGCGCCGAGAUCUUGCGCACCCCAACGGAGGCCGCCUGGGACGCCGAGGACAGCCACAUCUUUCUGUCAGCACGCUUGGCCAAGGACCUCGGCGGCCACGUGCUGGACCAGUACAAGAACGCGGGCAACCCUCUGGCCCACUACGACGGCACCGCGGAGGAGAUCGCGGAGCAGUGCGAUGGGAAGUUGGACUACAUGAUCAUGUCCACCGGAACUGGUGGCACCAUGACCGGCGUGGCCAAGAAGUUGAAGGAGCUGAUCCCGGGAGUGCAGGUGGUGGGGGUGGACCCCUACGGCUCCAUCCUGGCGGAGCCCGCGGAGGUGAACGAGAAGAGCACACGCACCGGGCAGGAGAAGCUGUCCGCCUACCACGUGGAGGGCAUCGGCUACGACUUCAUCCCCACGGUGCUGGACCGCGAGAUCGUGGACCACUGGGUGAAGACUGACGACGACGAGGCCUUCGCCAUGUGCCGGGCCCUGGUGCGGCACGAGGGUUUGCUGAUCGGCGGCAGCUGUGGGUCCACGGUGGCGGGGGCCUACCGCUUCAUCAAGGAGAAUAAGCUGGGCAAGGACAAGCGCUGCGCGGUGCUGCUGGCGGACUCCGCCAGGAACUACAUGAGCAAGUUCAUGGACGACGGAUGGCUGGAGCAGAGCGGCUUUGACCUGGCCAAGAUCAACGCGGCGGUGAACGAGAAGGGCGCCUAUGACAAGCUCUUCAAAGUCUGA